GGCUCGACAAGCCACGUUAUGAUGGAGAUAGAGUCGAGCAAGCCGGCAGGGAAUGGCAUUGCCGUCGGAGGAUUGAGUCCUUUGAGUGAGAGCCUUUGGAAGGAGAAGACAGACACUGAAUUCAUCGGAGACGUGUCGGCAAGGCUGAAAUGGAAGGAUUUGACGGUUACAGUAUCUCUCGGCAGUGGAGAGACACAGAAGGUCUUGGAAGGUCUCACUGGGUAUGCUGAGCCUGGAAGUCUGACGGCUCUCAUGGGACCGUCGGGCUCAGGGAAAUCUACGCUACUUGAUGCAUUGUCCAGUCGGCUCGCUACAAAUGCAUUCCUGUCUGGUACCAUACUCCUUAAUGGCAGGAAAGCAAAGCUCUCAUUUGGAGCUGCAGCAUAUGUGACACAAGACGAUAACUUGAUAGGUACUUUGACGGUGAGGGAAACGAUAUCAUACUCCGCUCGCCUCCGUCUGCCCGACAAGAUGCCAUGGUCAGAGAAGCAAGCUCUGGUAGAGAGCACCAUUAUUGAGAUGGGCCUUCAGGAUUGCGCCGAUACAGUGAUUGGCAACUGGCAUUUGCGCGGGAUCAGCGGAGGAGAGAAGAGGAGAGUCAGCAUCGCUCUUGAGAUCCUAAUGAGACCCAGAAUGCUCUUCCUCGAUGAGCCCACGAGCGGUCUUGACAGUGCUUCAGCAUUCUUUGUGACCCAGACGCUGCGUGGUCUGUCUAGAGAUGGACGGACUGUUAUAGCAUCGAUUCACCAGCCCAGCAGUGAAGUCUUUGAGCUAUUCGAUCGCUUAUACUUGCUUUCCGGAGGCAGAACAGUCUACUUUGGGAAAGCUUCAGAGGCAUAUGAGUUUUUUGCUCAUGCCGGAUUCCCUUGCCCGGCGAUGAGAAACCCAUCCGAUCAUUUCCUGAGGUGCAUAAACUCAGAUUUUGAUAAGGUGAAAGCUACUCUGAAAGGUUCAAUGAAAUUGCGGUUUAUGAUGAGUGAAGAUCCUCUAGAGAAGACAACCACAGCUGAAGCGACCCGAAUGCUGAUCAGUUUCUACAGUUCUUCUCAAUACUACUACACUGCCAAAGAGAGAGUCGAAGAGAUCUCCAAAGUGAAAGGAACCGUGCUGGAAUCAGGAGGCAGUCAGGCUAGUUUCUUAAUGCAAACCUUCACUUUAACUAAACGCUCGUUUGUAAACAUGUCGAGGGAUUUCGGUUACUACUGGUUGAGGCUUUUGAUUUACAUCGUCGAGACCAUCUGCAUCGGUACCAUCUACUUCAACGUUGGAACCAGUUACAACUCCAUUCUGGCAAGAGGUUCAUGCGCUUCCUUCGUCUUCGGUUUCGUCACCUUCAUGUCAAUUGGAGGUUUCCCUUCAUUUGUGGAAGAUAUGAAGGUUUUCCAAAGAGAGAGGCUCAACGGCCACUAUGGUGUGAUGGCGUUUGUCAUCAGCAACACAAUCUCUGCAAUGCCAUUUCUAAUCAUGAUUACCAUAAUUUCUGGGACCAUAUGCUACUUCAUGGUCCACCUUCAUCCUGGAUUCAUGCAUUAUCUGUUCUUUGUAUUGUGCCUCUACGCAAGUGUAACUGUAGUUGAAAGCUUGAUGAUGGCCAUAGCUAGUAUUAUCCCCAACUUCCUCAUGGGAAUUAUUAUCGGUGCAGGGAUCCAGGGAAUUUUUAUGCUGGUUUCUGGGUAUUUUAGGCUCCCAAAGGACAUCCCAAAACCCGUCUGGCGCUAUCCAAUGUCUUAUAUCAGUUUCCACUUCUGGGCACUUCAGGGCCAAUACCAAAACGAUCUGAGUGGCCUUCUAUUCGAUAACCAAUCACCGGAUCUUCCCAAGAUCCCGGGCGAAUACAUACUAGAAAACAUAUUCCAAAUAGACGUGAACCGAUCGAAAUGGUGGGAUCUAACUGUCCUCUUCAGCAUGAUCAUCGCCUACCGCAUACUAUUCUUCAUCAUGAUCAAGAUCAGUGAGGAUGUCACUCCAUGGAUAAGGGGAUACAUCGCGAGGAGAAGGAUGCAACAAAAGAAAAGCACCAACAGUCCUGGAACCUCUUCAGCCCUGGGCCACCUCACCCAAUCACCUUCCCUCAGGACCUAUGCAGCCCACGCGGGCCACAAGCCCGAGUAAAAUUAGGACCCAAUUCAGAUUUCAGUUUAACAGUUAGCUAAGAAUGGUGUGAAUGAUCUUACUGUAAAAUUCAGAAAAAACUAAUGCAUUGCAUGCAAAUGGUGAAAGUAGAAACGGUAGGCAGCAAUUGAAUUGCUGAAAAUUGACACAGGUUAUUGUGUAAUGCAUAAAUAAUAAUUUCAAGAGAAUUUUCAGGACGUUUUCCACAUUC